UCCGCUCCAGCCCCCUCUCCUUUGGCGCGACCCGCCCGGCGCCGCGAUGACCGUCACGUACACGGCCCGCGUGGCCAACGCGCGCUUCGGCGGCUUCUCGCAGCUGCUGCUGCUGUGGCGCGGGAGCAUCUACAAACUGCUGUGGCGCGAGCUGCUCUUCUUCCUCGGGCUCUACAUGGCGCUGAGCGCCACCUAUCGCUUCGUCCUGACCGACGAGCAGAAGCGCUACUUCGAGAAGCUCGUCAUUUACUGCGACCAGUACGCCAGUCUCAUCCCCGUCUCUUUCGUGCUCGGCUUCUACGUGACGCUGGUGGUGAACCGCUGGUGGGACCAGUACCUGUGCAUGCCGCUGCCCGACGCGCUCAUGUGCGUGGUGGCGGGCACGGUGCACGGGCGCGACGAGCGCGGCCGCCUCUACCGGCGCACGCUCAUGCGCUACGCGGGGCUCUCAGCCGUGCUGAUCCUGCGCUCGGUCAGCACCGCGGUCUUCAAGCGCUUCCCCACCAUAGACCACGUGGUGGAGGCGGGGUUUAUGACCCGCGAGGAGCGCAAGAAGUUCGAGAACCUGAACUCGUCCUACAACAAGUAUUGGGUGCCCUUCGUCUGGUUCUCCAACCUGGCGGCGCAGGCCCGGCGCGAGGGCCGAAUCCGCGACAACAGCGCCUUUAAACUGCUCCUGGAGGAGCUGACCGCUUUUCGGGGCAAGUGUGGGAUGCUCUUCCACUACGACUGGAUCAGCGUACCCCUCGUCUACACCCAGGUGGUGACUAUCGCGGUGUACAGCUACUUCCUGGCCUGCCUCAUCGGUCGCCAGUUCCUGGACCCGGCGCAGGGCUACAAAGGCCACAGCCUGGACCUGUGCGUGCCCAUCUUCACCCUGCUGCAGUUCUUCUUCUACGCUGGCUGGCUCAAGGUAGCCGAGCAGCUCAUCAACCCCUUCGGAGAGGAUGAUGACGACUUUGAGACCAACUUUCUGAUCGACCGCAACUUCCAGGUGUCCAUGCUGGCCGUGGACGAGAUGUACGACGACCUGGCCAUGCUAGAGAAAGACCUGUACUGGGACGCGACCGAGGCUCGCGCCCCCUACACGGCGGCCACCGCCUUCCUGAUGCAGCAGCCCUCCUUCCAGGGCUCCACCUUCGACAUCACGCUGGCCAAGGAGGACAUGCAGUUCCAGCGGCUGGACGGCGUGGACGGGCCGCUGAGCGAGGCUCACGGCGACUUCCUGCAGCGCCUCCUGCCGGUGGGCGCGGGCGUGGGCGCGGGCGUGGUCCCAGGGGGCCUGCUGGGCCGGCGCCUGUCCCUGCUGCGCCGCAAGAACAGCUGCGUGUCCGAGGCGUCCACCGCCCCCAGCUGCGCGUGCGCCUGCGCCCCCGACGGCGCGGCCCCGGAGUGCGGCUGCGGGGACCCGCUGCUCGACACCGGCCUGCGGGAGCCGGAGCCCGAGCCCCCCGCCGGCCCCGAGCUGCCCGCCGAGCCCUUCACCCCUGUGCCCAUGCCCGCGCCCCGGGGGCCGGCUCCGCCCUGGCUGCCCAGCCCCAUUGGCGAGGAGGAAGAGAGUCUGGCCUGAGACCCUGGAGCCCAGGAUCCGCAAGGACAGGGACCCAAGCCUCCACACCGCACGCAGGCAGCGGUCCGGGUCUGCGUAAGCCGCGCGCG